UAGUGACAAACACGUAUUAACUAAUCAAUUGGCAUAUUGCCAGCAAAACAAUAGAGUCCGAUCGCGGUUGUAUGUAAAUCACGUAUAUGGCAAUAUUCAACGCUUACUAAUGUUAAAAUAACAAUUUAAACCGACAAUCGACAUACGACGACUUUGAUUGACACUCAGUGCUUACCGCGAUCGAUUUGAAAAAAAAAACUUUUUUUUAAAAGAUUCUGGACGAUUGAUAUUGAGUGAAAUAUUCAGUGUGUCCUGUCCUGUGUCAUUUCAAUUGAAGGCAAAAAUUCAAUUUAAAGAGGAAAUAAUUUCGUUGGAAAAAAAGUAAAAGUAAAAAAAAGUGUACAAUUUACAAAGCCAUCCAUGCGAAACGGCGCUUAUUAGAUUGAUGUGCAAACAAAAAACAGACGAAAGCACUAGGCAGCUGUCAAACUGAGUCAAUAAAAUAUGUGAAGCCAGACAUUUACCAUCAAGUACACAUCCUGCACCUAGAUAUAACGUUCACCAAUACAAUUCGAUGUGUGUCAUAGUACGAGCAGAUUAAUCAAACAAAAAACUAUGUUGCUGAUGAGAAAAUCAGCGAAACGGGCCAUUCUAACAGCAUUUAUACUAUGCGCUAUUUACGGUGUUUACGUAGUAUUCAUCGGAGAACCUCCUGAAUUUCGAAACAAUCGAUAUAAAAUAAAUAUAAUCGAGGAUGGUAUUUUGUCGGUAGAAAAUCAGAAUGAGUGUCAUAUGCCUGACUUGCCGGUCAAUUCACCGGAAAUGAUGGCCUUUUUGAAAAACGAACCGCCCAUCCAGUGUGAUGAUGUCGAAGCUUGGGUUUCUUGUGGGACGGAUCGAAAACUGCCAUGGGUGUGCUGGAUUGAAAAUUCGAUUAUCGAUCGGCUCGGUCCUAUAACAUGUGAUUUUAUUGAAAUAAUACGGCCAGAUAAUGAUUUUGAUGUAGAAUUAGCACAACGUGUUCGAUCCAAAGAAUUUUAUGAACUGAAAAAAUCGGACUUUGUACGAGUCAAGUGCUGGACCGAUGAAAGAGACAAUCGUCAGUAUUGGAAGGGUAUUUUGACUGGGAUCCGUAAGGAUGCUCAUAACCAUGAACUGCCAAAAGUUACCAAAGAGAUGCCAUUUAAUGUAAUUAUGUUUGGUUUUGACUCGUUGAGUCGGAAUGCAUGGAUCCGAAAGUUACCAAACACAUACGAAUACAUGACAAAGCACUUACAUGCCGAUGUUCUUCAGGGAUACAAUAUUGUUGGUGAUGGAACACCACAAGCACUUAUACCGCUAUUGACUGGUUACACUGAACUAGAGUUGCCUGAGACACGCAAGCGUAUCUCCGAAUCGGGCUACGUAAAUUCCUAUCCAAUGAUAUUCAACGAAUAUGCACGACACAGCUAUGUAGCCGCGUUCAACGAAGAUUUACCGGAUGUGGGUACAUUUUCCUAUCGACUGAAUGGGUUCCAAGAGCAACCCACCACACAUUAUAUGCGACCCUUUUAUUUAGCCUUUCAAAGUGAAAUGAAGCGACACAAACGUCUUUGUGUCGGUGACACACCACGACAUCAAGUCAUGAUGGAUUAUACGCAAAAAUUUAUGCAAGCCUAUCGCGAACGAAAGCCACAAUUUGCAUUCAGUUUUCACGGUGAAUUGUCACACGAUUCAAUCAAUUUGGUUGGCGUUGCUGAUAAUGACGUGAAAGAGUGGCUGGAAGGAUUGAAUAACAACGGCUUUCUCAAUCGGACUAUUUUGAUUUUGAUGGCAGAUCAUGGGAAUCGAUUUGCCGAAGUUCGAAAUACACUACAGGGCAAAUUGGAAGAACGCCUACCAUUUUUCAGUUUUAUCUUUCCAGAAGCAUUCAAAAAACGAUAUGCCAAAGAAUAUGGUCACUUUAAAGAAAACUUACAACGACUUGUCACACCGUUUGACGUGCAUGAAACAUUUUUAGAUCUUUUACGUGUUCAAGAAUCGGAUGGUCUAUUAGAAAAGCAGUCACCUCCAGCAGUGCCGAAAUCGAAUAUAACCUAUGACCAGAUAUUGCGUGCGAAUAAGUUCAAUCGUGCAAUAUCGCUGUUGAAGCCAGUGCCAAAGGAGCGUACGUGUGCCGAUGCAUACAUCGAACCACAUUGGUGUUCAUGUUUGAGUCUAAAUUUUCUUGAUCCCAAUUCGGAUCUCGUAAAACGUGCUGCAAAUGCAAUCGUCGAUAAAAUCAAUAUCUAUACAAGUGAAGAGCGUCAUUUAUGUCAUAUGCUAACAAUAUCAAAUAUAACAUGGGCUGGUACAUUACAGCCACGUAAAACACUAUUAAAAUUUAAGCAAAAUCGCGAUAUGGACGGGUAUUUGGCCGAUUUGACAUCGACCACAACAAAAAUCACCAAAGAUUUAUAUCAACUACAAAUUCACGUUCAACCCGGUGACUCAAUCUUCGAAGCUAGUUUAACGCACAAUUUAUUCAUCGAUCAAUUUAUCGUCAACAUAACCGAUGUGUCACGCAUCAACAUGUAUGGUGAUCAAGCACGAUGCAUCAUGGACAAAAAUCCCGAUCUACGGAAAUUCUGCUAUUGUCGCUAAACACUCAUUCAUACACACACACAUACAUUUUUCCAUUCAGGGUAUUGCACCAAAACAACAUUACAUGCACAAAACUGUACUGUAAAAAAAACGCUUCUUUUCUAACACAAUCGACACUUGGGAAAAGUGUAAGAGCGAGCGAACGUUGUGAAAGAAAUACAAAAUAUACAAAUUUUAAUGUAAUAAUAAUUAUAUUCUCACAUGUGACAACAUUUCAAUUUAUUCAAGUCACAAUUCAAGUAUUGGGUGAUAAAACAAAACUUAAUCUAGUGUAAUGUGUAAGCCUCAAAUCAAAGACUAUAUCGAUCAUUGUUAGUAUUAAUCGCUUAGUCUUAGAGUUGUUUCGGCCAAUUGAAUAUUUCUGAGUUUAUUUAAGUUUUUAAGUCUUGAUACAUUGUAAUCAACUUUUCAGAGAAAAGUUGAAUGAAAAUCGCUCGAAAAUUACCUACAAUAAAAAUUAUCUGAGAAAAA